AUGGGGAGGUUCAACCGACCCUCUUACGAGGCUCAGUACGAAAUUCCCAUCGCGUUCAACAGUGUCUUCCUAGCGCUCAAGAAAGGCAAGUAUGUCGUCUCGCUCUUCGAUUCAAACUUCACCUUUUCUCAAGAUCUUCAUCUCGCAGCAGCACGUGAACAGCCAAAUCUUGCAUCGAAUGUUAAGGUAUCAAAGGAGAUGGAUCAGAGUGGGACUGAGCUAGGCUCAGAGGGAAGAAAAAUCCACCUGAAUGUUAAAAUUGGAGCAUCUGUUAAAGAUAUACGUGAUGAAUUCGAGAACAUGCACCCUGGCGAAAGCAUAUCACAUGAAAUCAUUGAAUGUGUUAUCGGGGCAUUCCAGAGAAGUUGUGAUGAGACAGUUCAGUGUUCAUCAUCCGAUGAAGACGAAGAAUCAGCGGCAGGGGGACAGGACCCCGAGGCCUCCGAUCUAGGAAACUUUUCAUAUUUCUUGCAUAUUGCCGCGACAGAGCACCUAUGGAUGGUCGUCAGGGCCCUGUAAAAGCGGUAAUUGCAAAUUAUGUCCCAGAAUGGACGAGUCUCCGCGUGUUUCCUUACAGAUGAAGAGAGAGAACAAAGAACCAGAAUUCGUAGAGCACAAGGUCGUGGCCGUGGAAGACGGGAACUGCAAGUCUUCAAACGUUAUUUACUGUAUAACGUGUAAUAUUUGCGGCCAUCAAUAUAUUGGCAUGACGAUAGAUACCCUCAGCGUUAGGAUGUCACAACAUAGAUUUGCAAUUGAGGGAGGAGCAUCUAAUAGCGGGAGGAAGAGGAAGCUGGCGAGAGAAUCGCCUUCAAAGAAGCAAAAGAAAAAGAAGACAGCUGCCAAGAAGGGAAAGGAGACCAUAGGUGCAUCGACUCCGAUGGGACGAGAGGAGAAUGUGGAGACAUCGACUCCGAUGGGACGAGUGGAGAAUGUGGAGGCAUCGACUUCGAAAGGGCAAGAGGAGAAUGUGGAUGCAUCGACUUCGAAAGGACGAGAGGAGAACGUGGAAAAAAAAGAGGUUGUUAAGGGGAUGGUAGACCACAUGAGGCAUUG